AUGGCUUUUAAAUCUAUGGAUAGGAUUAAGAGAACCAAUACAGUUGUGUGUAUUGGUUUAAUCGCUUUCUUGCAGAUUAUUUUUUACGAGGACAGAAACUUCCAGGGUCGCUCCUAUGAUUGUGGCACAGACUGCCCAGACAUGCACCCUCAUUUCAGUCGAUGCAACUCUAUCAGAGUGGAGGGUGGCUGCUGGGUCCUGUAUGAAAGACGACUAGGUUUCCAGUAUGUGCUAACCAGGGGAGAGUAUCCUGAAUAUCAGCGCUGGAUGGGCUACAAUGACACUAUUCGCUCAUGCCGUACAUUUUCCAAUAAAAGUGGUGGAUCCUACCGCAUAAGGAUCUACGAUCGGCCAGAUUUCCAAGGCCAGAUGAUGGAAUUCAGUGAUGACUGCAGGUCCAUCCAUGAAAGCUUCCAGUGCCGCAGCAUUCACUCUUGCAAUGUCAUGGAGGGAUACUGGACCCUCUAUGAGCACCCCAGUUUUCGAGGCCGUCAGUAUUUCAUGCCACCCGGCGAGUACCGCAAGUUCAGCGACUGGGGUGCCAUGUGUGCCACCAUUGGCUCCUUCCGCAAAAUCACUGACUUUUAA